CAUCAAAAAAAUAGCUACUCAGUUCAAAAAGGUCAAGACUCUGGCAAAGCUUACUGAUGUUAUAAACACCACUAAAAACUAUAAGCCCCAAGAAACGCAGGAAAAAGUCAUUCAGAACAUCUAUCUUUUCAUGUACAUUAAUCAGGAGUUAUAAAUAUUUGGAAAGCACUUACUAAAAAUGAUUCCAUUUAGUCUUGACAUGCAUGUAGACCGCCCGUGGAUCUUUUCGAAGCAGUUCAUUGAGAUUUAUUCAGAAGCAGAUUACCAAUACAAAUUCUGGAGCUACAUCUUUGAAUUAUUUUUAGGAAGAAGACAAGAUGUUUUAUUACGAUGGGGUGACACCAUAAGCGGCAGUUGUAAAAAAGUCGGUAAAAAAUUUAAGUUGGAUUUGCGGCUGGUGAUGAUACAGGAUGAUGAAAAUAUAGUCGAUGGCUGUACUGGAGAGAUGGCCAAGAAAGCAACAGAAUUACCGUAUAUCCGUGCCCAAGAUGUUCCUCUUAUAAAGAUGCCAAUAAUCCAAAUAGCUGGUUUCAAUGGAAAGCUCUCUGUUAUCAGUUUACCAAAGAAAAAAGAGUACAAAUUGGAGGAUAUUUUUUCUUUUUGUUUUCCUAAGUCGUUGAAGCAAAUCGAGACAGGAUCUUUAGAAAACCUGAUUAAUUUUCUAUCUACAGUUGAUGACAUGUUGGAUAAUCUACGAAAGAUUUAUCAUGAUAACAGUUCCAGUGUCGCAAAUGAUAUCGAAAACAUUUUAACUGAAGUCAAUCAAAAGAAAAAGCUCAAUUACAAUGCUUGGAUAACAAAAGCCACUUUUGAAAAAGAGGAUGAUGAUGAAGACGAUGAAGAUGAUGAAGAUGACGAUGAAGAAGAUGAUGAAGAAGAUGAUGAUGAAGAAGGUGAUAAAAAAGAAGAUGAUAGAGAAGAAGAUGAUAAAGAAGAAGACGAUGAAGAAGAAGACGAUGAUGAUGGAUAGUUUUCUUUAUUUACUUGCUGCUGACUUAAAAUCAUAUUUGUGUUUCAUGCUUCAUAAACUUAUCUUUCAUUCUGUUAUUAAACAUCACACUCUUAUUAAUGUUUCAUUACAUAAUAGAAUACUCUCCAUGUCGACAUUCUGCCUUGGAAACGAAACCAGUU